AUGGUACCAAAAUUCCCACAUCCCAUGUCUGAAUGGUCCAAACAUCAUUUUCAAAGGUUAGAUACUUCAUCCUUUGCAUUUCUUCCCGAAGGCUCCUCUAUAGUCUAUAGCUUAUCAAAAAUUCUUAUACGCAACCGAUAAGUAGCGGAAAUAUCACGUAAAAAUUGAGAGUUCAAAAAGAUUUUGGAGUUUUUGGCUCGAGAUUUUUGAGUAACUAAAGCUCCCCAACUACUUGAUUUAUCUACACCCAACCAGUCUUGUGAUCAAAGCACACUUUUUUGUUUGGGUCUACAUCCAUCAACAUUUUACUGUUUGAUGUCUUUUUUCCCGUUUUCCACCGUUUUCGAACUUUUACCAUUAUAUUCCGAACUGGGUUGAAUUUUAAUCAUAGUAUUUGCUUAGUUGCCGUUUAUUUUAAUCCUUAUUCUAAAGGAGGAAUCCUAUGUAGUAAUUGCACGUGUGAGUUUCCUUUUUGAAGAAGAAGAAAGUGACUGUCUUCAAUUUCUGCCUCAAAAAUUAGUUGUGAAAGCUGUCGCAAGAUUCUGUUUUUCGGCUGCGAUUGAUGAAUUGUUGGUGGGUUUUGCUCGCUGGCGACUGUGGAACCUUGGAAGGUGAUUUGGUGUUGAAUUUCUGAUUGUUCUGGUUCUAAGAAUUCUGGAGUGUCUUGUGAAAUAGUAUCCAGAAAAUGGGUAUGGAGAAUUAUUUGGCAUCAACUUCUGAUUACUCAUCAGUGGUGUCAAUUAAUCUUUUUGUGGCAUUGCUUUGUGCCUGUAUUGUGAUUGGACAUUUGCUGGAGGAGAGUAGAUGGAUGAAUGAGUCUAUUACUGCCCUCAUUGUGGGUUUGGCUACUGGAGUUGUGAUUUUGCUGUUAAGUCGUGGAAAAAGCUCUCAUCUGCUGCUCUUCAGUGAGGAUCUUUUCUUCAUUUAUCUACUCCCACCGAUAAUAUUCAAUGCCGGGUUUCAGGUUAAAAAGAAGCAAUUUUUUCGGAAUUUCAUCACUAUUAUGCUUUUUGGAGCUGUGGGUACACUAGUUUCAUGGGCUGUUAUAUCUUUUGGUGUCACCGAGUUGUUCAGUGGAUUGGAUUUUUUUGCCGAUUUCGAUAUUGGAGAUUAUCUUGCAAUAGGGGCAAUGUUCUCCGCAACAGAUUCUGUGUGCACUUUGCAGGUCCUCAAUCAGGAUGAGACUCCCCUACUUUAUAGUUUGGUCUUUGGAGAAGGUGUGGUGAAUGAUGCCACAUCAGUAGUGCUUUUCAAUGCUAUUCAGAGCUUCGACCUCUCAAAAAUCAGCCCUUCUAUUGCUUUACACUUCGUUGGAAAUUUCCUAUAUCUAUUCUUUGCCAGCACUGCCUUGGGAGUUGUGGCUGGAUUGCUGUGUGCUUAUAUCAUUAAAAAGCUGUAUUUCGGAAGGCAUUCUACUGAUCGUGAAGUUUCCCUUAUGAUGCUCAUGGCCUACUUAUCCUAUAUGCUUGCUGAGCUAUUGGAUUUGAGUGGCAUUCUCACUGUAUUUUUCUGUGGGAUAGUAAUGUCCCAUUACACCUGGCACAAUGUAACUGAGAGUUCAAGAAUUACUACAAAGCAUGCCUUUGCAACCUUGUCAUAUGUUGCUGAGACUUUUAUUUUUCUUUAUGUUGGUAUGGAUGCACUGGAUAUUGAGAAAUGGCGCUUUGUCAGUGAUAGUCCUGGAAAAUCAGCUGCAGUGAGUUCCAUUUUGUUUGGUCUAGUCCUAUUGGGGAGAGCAGCCUUUGUGUUCCCCAUAUCGUUCUUGUCUAACUUAACCAAGAAAUCUGCAAAUGAAAAGAUCACCCUCAGGCAGCAAGUCAUAAUAUGGUGGGCUGGCCUAAUCAGGGGAGCUGUUUCGAUUGCACUAGCAUAUAACAAGGUUAACCUUCAAGAUACAUUUUGUUAUUAUUUGUUCACCUUCUUAAUAGGCUUUGUUGUGAGGGUCUACCAUAAGACUAAGAGAACUGAGCGUUACCUAGAAUCUAUGCUUUUUGAAAAUAACAAGCUCUUCUUUUGUUACUAUGCUGGUUGGCAGAUUUUUUUGUAUCGUUUAUCCUUCCUAAAAGAAUUUUUUUUGAGAAAUGGUUGCAUUUGGCAGUUUACUACUUCGGGACACACGCAUGUGCGAAGCAAUGCCUUCAUGAUAACAAGCACUAUCACCAUCGUCCUAUUUAGCACUGUGGUAACAAAUCUGUUCCCCUUGUAAGAUUGUGAUUCGAUUUUGUUUUUAGUGAUGACAGCUGUUUGAUUUUCAUCAUUUGCCCUGAAUAUCUCUAAUCACUAAGUUUCCUUAGGUGUUUGGCUUACUGACGAAGCCACUUAUAAGGUUAUUGCUGCCACCACACCUGAAACGUUCCAUCAGUGCUGCAUCUUUGGAACCUGGUUCUCCAAAGUCAUUCAUUGUUCCAUUCCUUGACCAUCAACAGGAGAGUGAAAGUUUUCUGAAUGGACAAGAUGUGCCUAGACCAUCUAGUCUGCGUAUGCUCUUGACUACUCCUACACACACUGUUCAUCGCCUCUGGCGUAAGUUUGAUGACACGUUUAUGCGACCUGUGUUUGGGGGUCGCGGGUUUGUCCCUGUUGUUCCCGGUUCCCCAACAGAAAGGAGUCUGCAUUAGAUUUCUCCCCCCCCUGUACAAAAAGUGAAGAUGAGACUCGAUGGAGAAGGAUAUCAACAAGCAGACAUUGUCUCACUCCCGUGUUCGCUGGUCAACCAAAUAUCACUGUUUAAUUCCCAUGUAAAUUAUAUAGUUUGGAAUGUGCAAGGUUAUGGCGUUUUAGUGUUGCAAAAUCUAUUCGUUCUGUACAUAUAUGUAUGUAUAGUUGUAUACUGGUUAAUUCCUGUCAGCCAUAACAUAUUCAAAAGGGUGAAACCAUUUGGUAACGUAAAAAAUUUAUUAGCAUCUUCAGUUUAAGUUUAUUGUUACUUCUAUGUAUUUCGUAACACACUCUUCUUUCUUUUUUGAUAAAUGGUAGAUAUAAAACCUGCCAGGCUCAUUCUUCUGUACAUCUUGCUUUCUUCUCAUAAUCACGGG